UUAAAUUUUAGGAAAUCCUACUGAAUAUUGUAGAAAAUAUUAUGCGGAGUUUUCAUUGAAAUAUUUCAAUGUUUACAAAUAGAGCACAACUUAAAAGGCGUACACCUGAUAAUGGAGUAGAUCGUGAAAACUACUUGUCCUUAUUAGUAGACGAGUAUAUCAAUACAAACUUCUUCGAUAACAAGUGUCAAGUACUUGCAAAUUUAGCCAAUUUUGCAUAUGAUCCCAUCAACUAUGGUUACAUCCGAGAUGUCGGGGUGCUGGAUAUAUUCAUGUUUGUAUUGAAAAACGAAAGUAACGAAAAGCUUUUGCAUUUUGCCACUGCUGGAAUCUGCAAUUUGUGUAACGAUCCUGCCAACAUUGAUUAUAUUCUGCAACAUCAAAUUUUAAAACCACUUGCUCUGCUACUAAAAUCCAGUAACAGUGACAUUGUGGCUGACACUAUAACUAUAUUUAUUUAUUUAAACAACAGCCAUGCUAAAGGAAGCAUAAGCUUAGCGGAGGUUAUAACUGAAGUCAAAUCUUUGGCUACAUCUGAUAAUAAAACAAUAGGAAACUUGGCCAAAAUAUUCCUAGAAGAGACAAAAUAAAU